AGCUGAGAAAGGGAAUUCGCACUGCACUUUCAACUGUCCAAAAACCAAGUCGUGCGAUCCUAACAGCAUGGUGGAUCCUUCGGAUGUAUCCGACGGUAAAUUCCUCUUCGAACAGUCACGUGAUCAUCCCCGCAACACCCUGUAUUGUUAAGUCUCAAGUACUGCCCAUAUCGCAAACUUCUGACAGCGCAUUAGUUCCCUUGUCUAAUAGCUCAUUAAUUCGGCGAGAUAUUCUGACACCUUCUUAGCUUUCAUCGACCAUCGCCAUCGACUUCAUCAAUACACAGCCCCUAGCAGUAGUAUAUACCCAAACCCAAGAUGUCGGCGCUGAUCAAAGCUUUGAGACCUUUUGCUUCUUGUGACAUCGGAGACGCACUUGUCAAGCUGAAAUAUCCCCUCGGAGGAUACUUGGACGGUAUAUCAAUUUGGAGUCCAGUGAGACAAGGCACUGGUGCAAGUCCGGCCAUCAUAGGGGAAGCAACGACUGUGAAAAUGGUUGCCGCAGACGAUGCUGCAGCUCCUACACCAACUAAACAUUUUGCAGACUCUACGGAAUCAGGCAAGAUCAUGUAUAUACAACAGCCCAAGAAGCUCUACUCCGCCUGCUUUGGUGGACUUAUGGCAACGCGACUGAAGGCAUCAGGUGCCGCCGGAGUGGUCAUUGAUGGCCGUUUUCGCGACAUCCAAGAGAUCCAAGAUUUGAAGUUUCCUCUCUUUGCUCGGGGAAACUCCAUCCUUGGCUCCAAUACUUUUACAAAGGCGUCCGAGUUAAACGUCGCGCUUGAAUUCAAAGACGGUCUAUACAUAAAUCCUGGAGAUAUAAUUGUUGGCGAUCAAGAUGGUGUGGUUGUAGUACCACCAUCUCUUGUUGAGCAAGUUGUUCAAUUAUGCGAAGAGAGGAAGAAGAUUGAUGAGAGAACACUAGAUGAUCUAAAUGGUGGUGCAGAGAUGGGCCCAACUAUCAAGAAGUAUCGGAAAUGA